AUGCGAUAUGCCGAGGAACGCUCCUUGAUUCCGGACGGUCAAAGCGGUUCUUGGAAAUGUCACCAGGCCAUUGAUCUGGCCCUGUCCAAAUGUCUGGUCUGGGACUUGUUGAUUCUCCAACGACGCGCGGCUGGGUGGAUCUCUAAUGAUGCCAAAUCCUGCUUUGAUCGUAUUGUUCAUUGGGUGGCAAUCAUUGCAAUGCUCCGGUUUGGGCUGACAUGGAGGGUCCUAUCCUCCAUGUUUAACAUGCUGUCAUCAGCGACGCAUCGGGUGCGGACAGGCUUUGGCGAUUCCGAACGUACUUUCAAGCCGCCUUCUGUUAUCCCCUUCCAAGGCUGUGGUCAGGGUAAUGGGGCUGGACCCCCUAUAUGGAUCUCUGUGAGCUCCGUUCUCAUUACCAUGAUGGAAGCGAUGGGUUACGGCUUUGAGUGCCUCUCAGCAUUGGAGUCACAGUUGGUCACAGCCCAAUGCUUCUGCUUUGUCGACGACACCGACGUCAUUGAGGCUGGCAAUACAGUACAUCACUCGGGUGAAGCUAUAUGUGCAUCGGUGCAGGACGCCGCCACUCUGUGGGCUGGGGGAAUCCGUGCCACUGGCGGUGCGAUCAAUCCUGAGAAGUCCUUUUGGUGGCUCAUUGAUUUUGAGUGGGACUCCCGCACAGGCAAAUGGAAAUUCCGUGGGAAAAAAGCAGUCGCCCCCAACUUUGAACUCCAAAUUCAAGGUCUUUCAGGUGCUACUGAAUCCUUGCGUCGCCUUGAACCAGAUGACUUGGAAUGCACUUUGGGAGUUAUGCUUGCUCCCUUGGAAAACCUUGAGGCCCACAAGGCUCAGAUGGUUGCUAAAGCCAAGGAUUGGGCAGAACAGCUUCGAUCCAACCUGCUUCACAAAUAUGAUGUCCUCCCCCUCAUCAAGUUGACCAUCAUGAAGAAAUUGGAGUAUCCGAUGGCGCUAACAACUCUGGAUGCCCAGCAAUGGACAGACAUUAUGUCUCCGGUACUUCAAGUGUGCCUUCCGAAGGCGGGUGUCUGUCGUAAUUUCCCUUGGGAUGUCAUAUUUGCUCCGCUGUCCUAUCAGGGUCUUGGACUUCCACAUCCGUUUGGUUGUCAAGUGUUUAAGCAUCUUGAGAUGUUGCUCUGA